UUCCUGACGUCAGUCGUCAGAUCCGAAUAGCUCAGCAGCAGCCGCUGUUCCGUGUGUCACACUGUUCUCCGUUCUGGUAGUGUAAGAAGUGAAUUUCCUCAAUUUGUCUGUGACAUGGGCUUUUUCAUGUAGGCAAGUGUUGGUCUGGUGCGUCGGGUAAAAUUAGACAAUUAUCGGUAGGGUAAGCAGUGUUGAGUUAAAAGAAGUUUCGAGAAGUAAAUGUGAUACAAUUCUUGUAACAUAAUAUAACGGUAUUACAUCGAGAGAUAGCAGCUUUUAGUCCAGGGGGAACGAGAUAUACGCAGCAGAAGGAAGACAACGGAUGCUCCUCGUCCUCGUUUCCGCGUUAAUAACGGCACGUCAAGGACCGUAGCGCGUUGCGUGGUUUUUUUUUUUUUUUUGAAAUCUUAUUUCCCUCCUUUUUUUUCUUAAACCCAUUGUGCUCUUCUACGGCUGUGGUGUUUGUGCGCGUAUCUUUUUCCCUGUUUCUCGAAUUAUUCCUCUCGAAGAAACCUGCCGCGUGCGUAGUGUGCCAAGGAGCACUAAAGAUUCGCUGGGUGGCUCGAACUCGUCGUAGCACAUUACUUGUGAGGAGAAGUGACCAGCCCAUUCGUAAGGGAUGUCCACCCCUGCCAGAAGGAGACUCAUGAGGGACUUCAAAAGGUUACAAGAAGACCCACCAACUGGAGUAUCUGGCGCACCAACAGAUAAUAAUAUCAUGAUUUGGAAUGCAGUUAUUUUUGGACCACAUGACACUCCAUUUGAAGAUGGGACGUUUAAACUAACCAUAGAGUUUACUGAGGAGUAUCCAAAUAAACCACCGACUGUGAGAUUUGUCAGUAAGAUGUUCCACCCGAAUGUAUACGCUGAUGGAGGAAUCUGUCUUGAUAUAUUACAAAAUCGCUGGAGCCCAACAUACGACGUAUCUGCCAUUCUGACAUCAAUACAGUCUCUCUUGGACGAACCAAAUCCUAACUCUCCGGCAAAUUCACUAGCUGCACAGUUGUAUCAAGAAAAUAAACGGGAAUAUGAGAAGCGGGUGGCCACAGUUGUUGAACAGUCUUGGCUCAACUUUCAAGAAAGUCACACAGAAGAUCCCCGCUGACAUUAGGUAACGCAUUAUUAAGUAUAGAUGGCUUACAUUCAGGUAUACACGUAUAUAAUUUCAUGAUAAAUUUUUACUUUGUGAUUGUCACUGUAAUCUGUAAACUGAGCUGCUUCAAUGACGUCUUAUUGGUCUAUGAGGGCAGCUCAAAUGACAAGAUACUUUUUGAUUAAAUGGUUAUUGUGGAAUUAUAUUUAGAUACUUCAACCUUGUCAAAAAAAUUUUACCUUUGUCUACAGAUAGGGAAUAUUCUUUAAUCUCUUUAUUCACCGGUAUCCAUUCAGCCAGAAUUUAAUUGAGCUGGAAAGCUAUAAAUGUUUUUUCAAUGUCUACAAUUUUGUGCAAUACUUUUACAACCAUUACACCUUGUUGCAUGUAUUUUAAGCAAAUAAAAUGAUUAUUCAAAUUG